GCAGGCGUGCAGUCGGCGAGCCGGGUUGCAGGCGGCGGCCGGCCAGCUAGCCGAGUACAAUUGAGUUAGGUGCUGCUUGAAUGUCCCCUGUAUUAUGAGCAAGACACUACAUUCUGAAUAGAAUACAAGCCAUAUCUGGAAGCUCCAAGAUGAAGCGCAAUAAGCCUUCUAGCAGCAGUGAGAGUUCGGACGAUUGUCCUUCUACUUCGUUUUUUCCUGGAAAAAUAUAUAAAGACAAAAUAAAGACAAAAACUGAAAAAGAACAAAAGAAACCUGCUGAGGUAUUCCGGAAGGACCUCAUCAGUGCUAUGAAAAUUCCAGAUACUCACCACAUUAAUCCUGAUAGCUAUUACCUCUUUACUGACACAUGGAAAGAAGAAUGGGAAAAGGGAGUUCAGGUCCCAGCCAAUCUGGACACUCUGCCACAGCCUAGUAUCAGGAUUUUACCUGAGAAGGUAAACAGUGUUCCUUUUGUCCGACCCCGGAAGUACAUUCGUUGCUCCAGCUCAGACCCUGAGGAUCCUGACAGCGUCAAUAUCAUGGAGUUGUCAGCAGCUACAUGCCGCUAUGAUCUAGAUGACAUGGAUAUCAUUUGGCUUCAAGAACUCAAUCACGACCUUUCAGAAAUGGGUCAAGAGUCAGUUAAUGAAACACUUAUGGAAAAGAUCAUAGAAGCCCUGGAACGCAUUUGCCAUGAACGCAUGAGCCAUGCUAUUAAGACAGUGGAAGGACUAGGCAUAGAAUAUGAUGAAGAUGUGAUCUGUGAUGUCUGUCGUUCUCCAGACAGUGAAGAAGGGAAUGAUAUGGUAUUCUGUGAUAAGUGUAACAUCUGUGUGCAUCAGGCCUGCUAUGGUAUCCUCAAGAUCCCACCGGGCAACUGGCUGUGCCGUACCUGUGUCCUGGGUAUUAGUCCAAAGUGUAUAUUGUGUCCGAAGAAAGGUGGCGCCUUGAAGUCUACCAGGACUGGGAGUAAAUGGGCUCAUGUCAGUUGUGCCCUAUGGAUUCCAGAGGUCAGCAUUGCUUGUCCAGAAAGGAUGGAACCGAUCAUAAAGAUAUCCCACAUACCACCCAGCCGAUGGGCCUUAGUUUGCACCCUGUGCAAGUUGAAGACAGGAGCUUGUAUUCAGUGCUCUGUUAGAAGCUGCACCACAGCUUUUCAUGUCACCUGUGCCUUUGAGCACAACCUCGAGAUGAAGACUGUCCUGGAUGAUGGCGACGAAGUGAAAUUCAAGUCGUUCUGUCUGAAGCACAGCCAAAACAGGCAGUCACUUGGGGAGGUUGAGCCCCACAGCCACAGAGCUGCCGAACCGAGCCAGACCAAGAGUGAGAAAAACAACGUAAGAGCACAGAAGCUCCGUGAGCUGGAAGAAGAGUUCUAUUCCUUUGUCAAAGCAGAAGACGUGGCUACUGAACUAGAGCUACCUGUGGAAACUGUGGACUUUAUCUAUAACUACUGGAAACUCAAGCGCAAAAGCAACUUCAACAAACCAUUAUUUCCUCCAAAGUUGGAAGAAGAAAAUGUCCUGGUACAACCAAAAGAAGAAAAUAUUCACACUCGCAUGCGAAUGUUUAUGCACCUGCGACAGGAUUUGGAGAGGGUCCGAAAUCUGUGCUACAUGAUAAGCCGAAGAGAAAAGCUGAAACUGUCACAGAACAAAUUACAGGAGCAGAUCUUCAACUUGCAGGCCCAGAUUAUGCACGAAGACAAUGAUACAGGAUCUCCUCUGACAACUGCACUAGAGAACGCACUAUUUUCCUCACCAUCAAAUGUUGCCUUAAAGUUGGGGGCCAGACCAAUACCAGAAGAUUGCAGAAAUGGCACUGUGGAGAUUGAUCAUCGACCCUGCUCCCCUGUAAGUGGCUUGCUUGCUCUCAGUGAAAGAAGCCUGCAGCUGUCUGACGAGCCACUGGAUCUGCAAGUGAAAUCGCGCUCAAAGCCUCCACUAGAAAACAAUAACUGUUUGCUGGAGAGCCACAACUAUUCUCGGAACAAAGCCAACAACAGUUCCAGUCCUACUCAGAAACCUCCAUCUUCUGAGUUUUCUCGUGGGCCAUCAGUGGAGGUAGAGAAGUCUCUAGUCUCUGAGGCUGUCCUCUGUGGAAAUAGUCAGCCUAGCUCUGAGUCUUCCAAGUCAAAUGGCAUUGAGGACAAUCUCUCUGUGAAUGUCACCCAGGAAGCUAGCGCUAGUGAGAUAUCCAGUAACCAGGAGCCCAUGGUGGGCUCCCAUUUAGCCAGUCCGAGUAGUUUUAGAAAAUCAACCAUGGAAAAGUUCAGAUCUUUUAAAGAGACCACCAAAAAAUGGGGGAGGAGCUCUGAGGGCCCCCAAUGCUAUGUGAAACCAAUGAAGAAUAUAAAUCCUAAAGAGCAGAUCCGGGGUAGGCAGCUUCUCAAGCGGUCCUCCGAGAGAGCUGCAUGUCCGGAGACCGAUGGUUAUUGCCCAGAUUUAGAGCUGAGUGAUUCUGAGAGCGAAACUGAUGGAAAUAAUGAAAAAGCCAUUGUAAAGAAUGAUAGCUCAGACAAGGAAAUUCCUCCUCAGGAUUCUGAACAGGAUUGCCAUAGCGAAAGUGAGGUAGAUCCUCUUCCCCACGGUUCAAAGCAGAGAUGAUGAGAAAUUGCCAAUAUGUAAUCCAGUAUUUGCCCCAGUUACUGGGGCAAAUCCAAAUACCAAAAGGAUUCUAGCAUAUAUUAGGAGGAAAUCAAGGAAAAGGGAAAUUUUUCCACAGUAAAUUGCAAUUGCAGUAUUUGAAAAGGUUUCAAGUCUUAAUUUUUAUAAGCACAUAGUAAGAAUUCCAGAUGACGUUUGGAGGUUGGUUUGGGAACAGCUAGGUCCAGAGUUAUUUGCUCAGUGAAUACUCAGGGACAGCUUUCCAGUUACAUUAACAUACUGCUAAGUUUAUGUAUUAAGGGUCCUUACAUUGCUAAUGGUCUGUGUUUAUGUAUUAAGGGUCCUUACAUUGCUAAUGGUUUACAAGAGACCAUUAUUAUCAGACACUAAAACUACUUACCAUUUGAAACUACAAAAUGUGAUUCCCAGAGCUCCAGUCUCUGGAAAGUUUCUAACCGUACUGGUGUUGGUAAACAAGGGAGAGGCCAGGAGAGAGAUCAUCUGUGUCACAUACUGUCAAGCUCACUACCCUCUUCCUUUGCAUUGUGCAAGGUGGAGUUUCUUUGACAGUAUGGUAACUUACCAAGUCAGUUCUCCUAAUGCUUGAAGUGUCGAGUGCCUGUUCUUAGACCUGCUUGUUGGGGACACACUCAUAACUCUUUUACCCAGCUAACAAGCAUAAAAGGCUAACUUGUAAUAGUGUUUACAAAAGUACACAUGUACUACUUCCAAGGAAAAUGCUCUGAUUCUCUGUUUAGGGAUGUGUGAAGGAUCCCAGAGUCUUUCCCAAAGUGAGACUAUUUCUGGGAUAUUUGUACCAAGUCAGGGUUUUCGUGUUGCUUUCAGAUAAGUUUGGCUGACAGUUUUUGUAUUCCUGCUUUAAUGUUUAUAAGAAAUUUUAUUGAGGUAUAAGGAAAAUAUAAUGAAGCGCACAGAGGUUAAGUAUUCUUACCUGCUUUAAUUUUGAAACAGAUUUUUAUUUUCAAACAGAAUUUGAAAUCAUGUGUUUAUCACAUGGAUAUAAUUUAGCUUUGUGUUCGUUUUGAAUCCAAGGCAAUUUUCCAAGCAAAAAGGCUGGAUCCAUUUUUCACAGGUUUAUAUACCCUGCUCCCAAACUCUCAGCCUUGGUUCCUUUUUUUUCUAGAGGAAGAGAAUAAUCACACUUCAGGGGAAGGAGUGAAACAUGUUUGCUUCCAUUUUAAAAAGAGAGAAAAAUGCCAGUUUUUAAAUGUGAAGUAAACUGGGAUGCUCAGCUCUCUUGUUUAGCCUUAAGUCAAUAUUCUCUUUCUUCUAGCUUGGAAAAAUGUAGUGAG